UGGAAGCCCGUAAUAAAGGCAAAUGGCCGCCGUAGUGUACGAGAGCGGGUUGAUUCGUAUGACGUUUUUUCCGCGGCCAGUUUCUGACGUACGGCAUGUAAAAGACGCGCGGAUCGAUCGUUAGUGUAUAAUCGUGAUGUGAACGGCAGGCGGAAACACAAACGGUGUUCCCGUUGGCCGGCGAUGGACGGUGAGAAGGCCAGUGCUGUGAUGAAAUCGGUGUCGGAGGGUGAGCUGGGCGUGGAAGAGGUUAAAUUAUCAGAGUCAAAAACACGAGAUCCUGCCUCGCGAUUAAAGCGUACGUUCACGUUGCCAAGGAAUCCGUUUCAAAGUGCCACGAGGAUGUCACGACGACGUCCUAAACAGAAUCGCGACUCGAAAGACAGUAGCGGUACGACCAGCGCCAAAGAGAGAAACAAUAUGCAGCAACAUCAGCAGCAAGUGGACACCAUGCAACAAAAUAUGGGCCGAUUGCACGGCAGUCAAAGUUACCCGGACAGGCCGGGUGUUAAGAAGGUAUUUCGAAGACCAUCCUGGAAGAAGUUCAUCAACAAGAUGGUACAGCACAUGUCGAACGUGGCUACUCAGAGUCACAAAACAUCUCACAGGGACGAUCUCGGGUCCAGUGCCGGGGACAUAAGGGUGCCACCACCUAGACCAGCUCAUAUACCACCGGACAGAGUGCCAGGAGUUAUUGGUUUACGGAAUCACGGUAACACGUGUUUUAUGAACGCCGUGCUACAGUGUCUCUCUCACACGGACAUACUCGCUGAGUAUUUCGUGCUGGACCAAUACAAGGUCGAUCUAUCGAGAAGAAACAAACUGAACUCGAAGAAGUAUGGAACCAAAGGUGAGAUUACAGAACAAUUAGCCCUUCUGCUGAAAGCUAUAUGGAGCUGUCAGUACGAUCCGGAGAUGAGCACCGCGUUUAAGAGCGUCGUCGACAAAUACGGUAGUCAGUACCGAGGGAAUCUCCAGCACGACGCUCAAGAGUUCUUGCUCUGGCUAUUGGACAAAGUGCACGAGGACUUGAAUCAAGCGACCAAGAAAAAAUACAAGAUCAUCAAGAAUUCCUUCGGAAGACCCGACGAUAUCGUGGCGGCUGAAACGUUGGCGAAUCAUGUCCGUUGCAAUAAUUCCUUCGUGCACGCUGUGUUCCAAGCGCAAUUUCGCUCUAGUCUCACCUGUCCGAGAUGUCACCGACAAUCGAACACGUUCGAUCCUUUUCUCUGCGUGUCGGUACCGGUGCCGCAAAAUCAUCGACAGAUGAACCUUUUCGUAAACGUGCUUUACACGUCGCAGCAGCCGAGGCAAGUAAAGAUCGGUGUGAGCGUGAAUCAGGCAGCCAAUGUUAGAGAACUCCGUGAGAUUCUGGCCAGCGACACUGGAAUCGAUGAGAAUCACAUGUUGCUCACUGAAAUCCACGACGAGGGAUUCCAUAGGACUUUCUCAGAUUGCCAACCUUUAUCUGUGAUCACAGAGAACGACCCACUGUAUUGUAUAGAACUGCCACAAUUAAAGGAACCCGCGGAACAAGCAUACAUCCUGUUAGUAUGGAUCAACGUUCUUGCGAAAGGAGAUUUAAGGCAGCGAUUUGGCAGUCCUUACACUAUGCAGGUGUCCAGGGAAACAUCCUACGAAGAUUUACAAAAGCUUCUGUUAAAGGAGAUGCACAGUGUUCUAGCUGACGAUGUUCUUACGUCCAGUCAAAGUCCUGGAUUGUUCAACAUUCGUGUAGCUGACCCGGCAGCGACACCCAUCCAAGACGAACACCCAUGCAUAGAUCCUUGCGUGGAGCAUCCUCUUUAUACCGAACAAAUUGAACAAGCGCUUGCUCUCUGCGCCGACGAUUCCGGCCCGCAACACGUGAAAUUGAUUCUGGAAUGGGACGAAGCUACCAAGUGCAAUAUUAUUCAGGACGACACCGAUCAGAUCGAGGAACACGCGAGCGUGAAACAAUUGAAGACUAACUCGGAGUUGGGAGGUGCUGUUACCCUUGAGGAAUGCUUCGAUCUUUAUACGAGGGCCGAGAUAUUAGGAGCAGAGGACGCGUGGCACUGUCCGUACUGUAAUAAAAAGCAAGAAGUUGUGAAGAAACUGGGACUCUGGUCUUUACCCGAUAUCCUGGUUAUUCACUUAAAGAGAUUCCGACAGCAGUCUAAACAAAGAUCCACGUCUAAAUUGACGAUGUUAGUGGAUUUUCCUUUGUACGGUUUCGAUAUGACUCCUCAUCUCGCUCAUAACGGAGUUCAGACGCAUAACAACGUGGGUAGUUUAGGUGGAUUGGGUUGGUCACCUUGGAAGAAACCUAGACCCCGUCAACAGAAUAUUCCAAAGUACGACGAGAACGUUUACGAUCUCUACGCGAUUUGCAAUCAUCAUGGUCAAGAUUUACAGGGCGGUCAUUACACCGCUUUCUGUCGAAACCCUUAUGACACUCAGUGGUACUGUUUCGACGAUACUAGAGUGGAAGCAGUGAAUGAUACAAAUUUAAUAACAAACGCUGCGUACAUGUUGUUUUAUCAACGAAGGGGCUUAACGAAUAAUUCGGGAAAUUCUUCGGCCGCGUCCACUAGUUCGGCCGGAUCCGGGCUCGACCAUUGGGUCUCGAAAAUGCCGCCAUUUUAUUUCAAUAACAAGACCAACAGCAAUGCCACGAACAAUAAUCAAAGUAAAUCGCAAGAGGUAUUGUGCCAGGAUAAGAUCGUGGAAGAGAAGAACAUGACGAACUUCAAUAGAGGGUGCCGUAAUUAUGCCACCUUGCAGCCGAAGAAGAGGAACGUUGCGACUGAAACGGAUAUCGGGCAAAUUGAUCAUUACUCGGACGACGAAGCCCCUUGCAGAAGGGAAUGGGCUUCGCCUAAACCGGUACGAAAAAUGUCGUCCAUCACGUUAACACCGCACGUACCACCGCCACCGUCAACGGUAAUUCAUAGCGCCAGCAGUGAUCCAGACACAACGAUAAUACACGAAUCGACAUUGUAACACACAAUUUAAGCCAGACUUAUUCUGGCUCGAGCAACGCUCAAUGUAUAGUGCCUGGAAUAGGGUGUAUAAACGGUCGAAUUAGUAAUUAGUAAAAGACAAUUAUUCGUGAAACUUAGGUCCGUUCGUGUAGAUGGUAAUCGGAAAUCUUUCUCUGAACUCUAAAUUUAUAUACAUAUAUAAAUGUUUUCUUUACCGGCCGUGUAAAAAUAUCGAGUUUUUCUUAUUUCCGUUUUCUUAAUAUUUAUAAAAAUGAAAGGAAAAAUUGUGAACUCGAUGAGUGUUUAUUGAGAAUGUAAGCGAAAUUCGAGGCAUUAGUGAUUUUUGUAUUUAUAACGUGUUUAUAUACAAAUUGCGUGAAUUGUAUUGUACAUUGUAGCUAUUAGAUGACUUUUUAAGGAGAAGACAAAUACUAUAUUCAGUAUCAGGAACUAAGAAUCCCUCAUUACGAAUCCUCUAUUGUUAAAUACUUAUAGAUCUUCAAUGCAAUAGGUAAUUAAAGUCUACAUGUGUCCAACAAGAAUGUAUAAGUGUGUCAAAGAAAUUUUCAUGCGACUUGUUAGUUUAUUAUUAGUCGCCCGUUGUCGCAUUACAAUGAAACUAUGACAAUAAGUGAAUUCUGCGUGUAGCAGGGCUCACGUGUUAGAGUAACUUCAUUUACAAGAAUAAUUCUUGUAUGGACACAUCGUGUAGCCGCUAUGACCAUUGCUUUGAAUCUAUGCUUAACUAUAUAAUAUUUAUAUUGUAUUUGUAUCAUCCACUAGUGGCCUUAACUCAAUAAUUAAUAUUGAUAUGUCAUUUGCAAAUCAUAAUAAGCAUACUUUAUUAUUACUUCAACAAGUGUUUUAUUAUUGAUGAUCGACGUUGAGGUUGUAAAAGCUACCGAGUUGUAAUACGGGGAUAUCAAUUGCUCUUUUGAGUCUCAAACGGCGACCAACAAAAUUAAUAUACCUAAUUUUAUUCUAUAGUCUUGUUCUUCCUGCAUUGGCGUGACUGAAUUUUAUCGGUUCAGAAAGGAAAGUGUAUCGACAGUGUGACUCUCCUAUAUUGUGAACACACUUUUCAACAAUCUGUAACUUUUCAUUUUAUCAAAUACUCUAAUCUCACAGUUACAAUGAUCAUUCCACUUAAAUAAACAUGUUUAAUAGAAAGUGAUGGAAAGCAUGAAAGUGAAAUAGAUUUAUAUAUAUACGUAUAUGCACACAUAUAAUUAGCGAGUGAAAGAUAUAUUUAAGUUAUUUUAAAAUUAACAUUUAUUACUAGUCACACGUAUCGUGGGCGGAGAGGUAGCAAGAAGAGAAUGCAUGAGACAGAUUAUAAAUGAGUGAUGAUUGUAUAAGAUAAGGCGCCUAGAGGUCAAAUAACGUGAGAUAUACUUUGGUAUAUGCUCGUUUUAAAAUGGUGUUUCUACAUAGUUGGUUCCUGUAAUGUGGUUAAGUAAAAGUAAGGUCGGGUGCCAUGACAAUCACGAAAGAAGUAAUACUCACGCGUUUCGAAUAUUUUUUUCUACACGGUUAUCUGAUAUGAUUGUACUUCUCAAAUUUGAUAAUUGGAAUCAUUAGCAGCCAAUAUAAAACGUAGUUUUCAAAUUAGUCAUUAAUUUUCUAUAACAUACUCCAGUUGUUAGAUUUGAAGCUAAUAGAAGAUAUCACGUCAAGUAGCCGUGUACUUGAAUGAAAAAUAAGAGAUUUUACUUCAUGGCACUUAACGCAUUGUACGAUGGAAUGAAUGUACAAAUUGUAUGUGAAAAACACUGAUUGUGAGGAGAGAACUAUCACCGCUACCCCCUUUAUCAACAUAUUAUAUAUGAUUUUAGAAGUUGCGCAUUCACGCUAAUCGACUGAGGGAUAUACUAUUAAUUAAUCAUAUUAUCGCUGCUAUUUUGUUGGAAUAAAUAGAGAAUGUAUAUAUAGAUAAAAUGUCAUUCCACUUUAUGCACGCUGCGCUAUGAUUCUUGUACUUCUCGUUUAUUGAAGUAAUAUCGUCAAAGCUUUGUCACUUUUAAAAAUAUAUAGAGCAACUAUAUCGCUUCUUACGAUUCUUUUUAAAAAAAGCCAGCGUAUCCUUUGAACAUUUCAAUAAUAUGGAAGUAUGUAAUUGUUCGCUAGUCUUACAAGGAAAUUGUCAGAUGUGGUCAUAGCCAGUUUAAUGAAAGGUUCUUCUUCUUAAUAUUUUAUCGCCUAUAAAAACUGUUGAAAUUGGUUAGAACAAAGAUGGAAAUUGUAAGGAAAGCUUACAAAAGAUAAAGUUAUCAAGCUCACGCGAUCUUAUUUUAAUCAAUCAGUUCAUGGAUCAUAGAAGAUAGAUAAGUAGGUAAAGAAAGAUGAGUUUGAAACAAAACAUUGUAUAAUAUUCAAAUCUAAUGUAAAAAGUUUAUAAAUAAUUA